AAGAAUGGAUUAUCUAGUUGAUAAUAAAAUGUUUUGGAUUUUAAAUUAGAUAAAUGGUGUAAACACUUUUGUGGUGAUCCUAACGUAAAAAAGGUGUUUACUGAAAUAUAAAAGCGUACACUUUUCAUCAAUUUAUUUUUCAAAUUUAGCACUUUAUACGCGCAAAAUAUUGUGAAUCGCGGACGUAGAUAUUUACCUGUGAAUAGACGAUAUUCAAUUGACGAGAGCCCAUUGAUGUCAAAUGAUGUAUUAUUAAUAUAUAUUGAUAUGAACCUUAAACUCUGUUGUCCGAAACUGUGCUAUUUUCAAAAUCAUCAACAAGUUUAGUGCAUUUUUAUUCAUAAAAGUACAGGUGGCAGAAUGCUAUAGUUCGUCUCGCAAAUGAUUUCGGCAAAAUAAGAUCUAAGAAAUUUUGUUCGGGCAAGACAGGCAUAUCUUCCAUUGGACUGAUUUUUUUGCCGUUAGCAUUUUGUUCUUACGACAGCCGAUUUGUUAUUAAAAGUCAUUAUUGUAGGGUGAAUUAAAUACAUUUUAUACGUAAUACAUGUACUAUAUGCUUAUAAAAUUGACCCCUUCAAAUUGAUAUACUUUAUGCAAGUUCAAUGUUUCAACUUGCAAACUUGAUGGAACAGCAAAAACGAACACGUUGUCAAAAUCACCAAGAAAAUCAUAUAAAUAUUUCAGAAAAAUAUUGAAUAUUGAAUCGAAAGCUUUUUCUUAAAGUUCCAAUUGUGUUUAAGAGUAUCCGACAACAGCUGGUUUUUCAAAAUGUUUUGUACAGCCCCGUGCCAACUUAAGGGAUUCUGUGCGAGUUUUCCUCUCCAGAAGUGUUCGUUGUAUAUUUCUGUUUGAAUAUGUUAAGCAGUUUCAGUUAUUCAUCUAUUUCUCGAAAGCUUUAUUCAUACAUCAAUUAGUAUAUUAAAGUGAGAUCCAUAUAAGUAUCACUAAUGCAGACAUAGGGAUAAGAUUUUAUUAGAAAAAAUCUAUAUACCCCACCUUUAAAACGGGUUGAACUGUCCAAAAUACCGAUAAAGAAAUUCAAUUUCAGAAAAAUAUCAGAACAAGUCAAAUAGUCUAAAAUAGUGAUAAUCCGUUUAAGAAAAGAUCACUGUUGCUUAAAUAAGUUAAAUAAUCACGGCCUCUGGGUCCAAGGAUUCGUCACAUAAAAAUUACCUGAUUUGUAAAUGGAAGCUAAAGAACCAAAAUUUUUCUGUCCAAAAAAUGCCGCACAGACUAUAUGCCUGUGAACUUUAUUCAAAUGCACUUUAAGGAGUAUGUGUACUUGUAAAGCUUAUAAAACGACGACCAUUGAAACAGCACUUCUCUUUUAAAUCAAAGUUAUUUUGCACAUCAUUAGCAUGAAUAAGACAUUAAAAGGAACUGAUCUUUGAUGAGAGCAAACUUUGAUAGUGGAACUUAUGUUAAUAGAAAGGAAAACAUAGACAUUAUAUAUCUCUACUGAAGAAUUUGGUAUUGAAGGAAUGAAAUACAAAGGCAGUGGAUUUCUUCCACAUCUUGUGAUAACAAGUGACGUCACGGAUGAUGUCAGCACUUGCACGAGCAACGGUCAAGGAGAAUUGUUGCAGAUGCGACUGCUGCAGACGGAUGAGAAGUAUCGAAGCCGCUUCUUGUAUGACCAGAUUCAAUCCUUUGAGGAUAAGGUUUAUCGCUCAUAUGAACAGUUUAGUGUCGAUCUAUUGCACAGAAUGUUCCUGUCGCUUUCAAAACGUACCGUAGUUGACGCCAGAAAAGUAAAGACAAUAGCAAACCUUCGGAAGUGCUUCCUAGAUCUGAAGAAUCUGAUUCGUUGUAAGCUACGUCAUCGUCACGUGAGAACAACACCGGAAGAAGAAAAACUCGUGAAUUAUUUCACGUGGUUUUUCAAAUAUUUAGAUUACCUUCGAAAGCUCCGCGCUAACUUUGUGGAAAGAAUUUUUUCACCGCUGUUUCGUUAUUUCUAUCUGGUUGGGUAUGAUCUUCCUGAUCGUGAAAACACACCUGAUUCCAUUGUGUCAUCUCCAAGUGUGCUGUCAUUUCGAAGUAUUGACAGUGGUUACAGUGACGUCAGUGGAUUAACACUUACACUCGCCGAGGGUGGCCGUUUGUCUGGAAGCACCUCUGCACAGUCCGGUUUCCAUGAGACACAGGAAGCUCGUAGAAGGCUUGUAACAAAACAAGCGCUCAUCUCUCUCGGCCGAGAGUUUCGUGACAUAAAGAAACUGUAUGAUACGUCGGAAAUGGAAAAGCUUGCUCAGAGACUUUCACAUCUGAAAGAGAGAACUGACCAUCUUUUGGAUCAAGAAAACUCUUUAGACCAACAGCUUCUUUGUCAAGACAGCGAGAGAUCAGUUUUUCAUUUGAAAGUUGCCAAUUUUGGAAAUGAAAAGGUUCUACGCUUUGUUCCAGACAUUCUUCUGAAAUUUCAAAAGGCGGCUUGGUUGGCGAGACGGUGGCUAGAACAAGAUGAUCAGAAAACUAAAGACCUGAAUGUAAAGUUGGAAAAACUGACACAACUAGAAGAAAACAUGAAUAGAAAACUGAGUUCCCUUUCAAAGGAAAUUCAGUUGAAAGAACUAGAGCUAGAAUCGAAAGCUGAUUUGCUGAAUAAUCUUCUGGAAAGGGAGAACAGAUCAAACAGUUUAAGCCAAAGUGUUUACGAUUUGGAAAAAAGAAAGGGUGUAUUGACUGAGAAGGUAACAGUGUUGAAUUCUGAAAGAGUCCAACUCUGUGAAAAAAUUACAGCAGCGGUCAAAAGGGAAGAUAGAAAAGCGUAUAAACAACUAAAAGCGUUCUACGACAAGAACAAACUGCAAAGAUUUGCCGUUGAGCGACAGAUAGCGAAUAUAGAUUAUCACAUUAAUCUUGCGGAGUCGGACAUGAAUAUUGAACUAGAAUUGAAGGCAGACGUCAUACAUACUACAAAUGAUGUGCAGGAUAAAUGCGAAGAAAUAGAGCAAAGACUUGAAAAGGCAAAGAAAGAACAAAAAAUAAUACAAGCCGCUCUUAUUCCUAUAUCUGAAGACAGGAAGUUUGUCAAGGAACAGCUUCAGGCAGAAGAAGGCUUUACCGUAGGAGAUGACAAACCAGCUCUCCGAGCAGAAUUUAUAAAUUCAGUCGCAUAUGACCCAGAUCGUGUAGUAGAUUUAAAUUCGGAAUACAUCGGACACAGAGCUAUUGGAAAUCCGUUGUCUUUACUCAUUACGUCACUUCCUGAAGGCGGGCACGUGUCCUCAAAACCGGUGCAAAUACAAAAGAAUAAAUCAUUGCCGCAAGUCAAUAGCAGCAAAGUGGAUAAUGUGCCGCAGACCACGAAAGUUAUAGAUUCUAUGGCGUCGUUGCACAGACAGCUGUAUACACCUGAAGUAAUGGCUUCAGAAUGGUGACACAGUUUGUCUGCAGUGCAAGAAGUACUUCUUCAGCGACCGCGAAGUACAAAACAACGUCUUUUGGUACAUGAUGACAAUGUAGUUCUGAAUUGAUUGAAACGGCUUGUAGUGGUGAUGUUUUUGUUGAUGCAUUUGGACUACUAGAUAAAAAACUGACACUAUUAAAGUGACACCUUGCCCAUACCUGAAAGUGUAAAUAUGACCGCAGAUUAUUCUUAAUAUGAACUUGGAGGAAUAAUAUGGCCGCUUUCUUGCAUGCCGGACAGAAUUUUCCCGUAUUUUUGCCGGUGCUAGAAAAACUCGUCCUUCAUGACUCACAUGUUAUAAUUUAUGAAUGAAUGCGUAAAUUCAUACGCCACUAAAAUGAAAUUGUAUCUAAAAGAAAACUAUUCAUAUCGCUUUAUUUGUUCUGUUAACGGCAUGCAAGAAAAAGAGCAUAUCACUAGUUAAAUAUGAGGAUAGAAAUAUCUGGCGCUCGGGUGACUGUUUUGCGGUAACUCGGCAUAACCUCGUUACCGCCUAAACAGUUGCCCUAGAACCAGAUAUUUCUAUCCACACCUUCAACCAGUGAAAUGUGAUUGUUAUAGUCUUCGUAGUGUAGGAUACUAUAUAAAUUAUGUUGCAAUAGAUUGAAAUUCUCAACCAAUCUUAAAUAGCGGUUAUUUUCUCAUCGUGUUUCAUUUCUGAAUUAGAACAAGUAAUGUGACAUACAUGCAUACAUUUCUUAUUUCAUCAUGAAAAGGCUAUUAUUCAAAAGACUCUAUAAUGCCUGAUCUGCCGGUGCGGCUAUGAUAUACUGUUUGUCUAAAUGUUUAGAAAAAUAAAACGAUUGCAACUA